CUUAACACCCGAGUCAGUAGUCAUCAGAAGUGCUCCCGCUCGUACCGGUCGUGGAACAUGCCCGCCACCGUGGGCAAGUCGUUACGCGCGGCUACCGUGCUGUCCGUGGCGGUCCUGUCCGUGCUGGUGUGCUUGCUUCUCGGCAGCGUGCACCACCUCGGGAGCGUCCAAGAAGACCCGGACGAAGAGUUGACCUCGCUCCGCGCGGCGUUGAGCCACCAACUGGCGCAAAGACGCCAAGAAAUUAUUCCUCUGCUCUCCCCUGGACGAGACGAGGAACCGUACUCCACUUGGGAGUCCUUUCUGCGGGACGAACUCACGCGUGGCCCCGGCGCGGGGGCUCCGCUGGGUUGCGGGGCUCUGCGGGAUAUGCAGCCGCUGGAGGUGCUCGGCUCCGGGUACACCAAGCUGGUGGUAAAGGUGACGCUGGCCGGAGGAGAGCCGGUGGCCCUCAAGAUGGUCAACGAGAACGGCAUCGACAUGGGCAAGUGCGUGGAGGGAUUUAAGGACCCCCACGGAUGCCGUCAACUGGUUUCAUCCAAAAUCGGCAAGGAAGUUGUCCUCCUGCACAGGCUGCGGCAUCCUAACGUCAUCAAGUUGCGCGGUCACUGUGUCGGAGACGCGGGAGGCCGGGUGACCGUCAUCUUGGAGCAAGGGACCCCUCUCCAGAUGCUCCGUCUGCUCCAGAGCCCCUGGGAGGACCGCUUCAGGGUGUGUCUGGACCUGGUUCGCCUCCUCCAUUUCCUGUCGCGCUCUCCGCUCGGAUCAGUGGCUCUGCUGGACUUUCAGCCCCGCCAAUUCGUCAUGGUGUCGGGCGAGCUCAAGCUCACUGACCUGGACGACGCCAGCGCGGCCGAUACGCCCUGCGGCCGCGAUGCUGACUGUUCCCUGCAGUUUCCGCACCGAAAUUUCACCCUGGCCUGCUCGGCCCGCGGAGUUUGUGAGGGACUCAAUGAGAAGAUGAACAUUUACAAUGCUUACAGGUACUUUUUCACCUACCUGCUCCCUCACCAGGCCCCGCCCGGCCUCACACACCUGGUGGAGCGCAUCAUGAACGCCACAGGCGAGCUAAAAGCCGACAUCAACGAGACGCUAGAUGCUUUCGAGCAAAUCCUGCAACUCUACCAGUCUGGCCUGCACCUGGACAAGCUGCCUACAUCCGCACUACGAGACUACAACGUGACGCGAGGCAUGACGACAUCGGGGAACCAGGACUACCGCUGCUGGCCUUCCUACAGCCAGCAAGGCUGCGUGCUGUCGGUUCACAGCGCCAAAGAGGCGGCGCACAUAUGCAACUCGCACUCGCAGUGCACCAGCUUCACUUUAACCGGACAGAAAACAUGGACAGGUCGCCCUCUGGCCACUUUCCGGAGCAACUUCAGUCUUUUGGUGCCCGACCAAACCUCUGAGGUGUACGUGAAGAAAAGCGCAGCCGUGUAAAGGAUAAGACUUUGAAAUAUUAGAGCGAGCUCAUUUACUCCCGAUGAUGUGAAGCCAAAAAGCAACACGUUGCGCUUAAAUUAGACGGGUUCCUAGCUUAGCGGGAGAGAAGGCCUCGCGCUCGCUAACUGCUACUUCAAGGGAUUUCCCUUAAGGAACAAUUAAGGAAGGAGAGCCUUGUGCUUUUUUUUCGUCUUUAUUUUGCUACCUUGACUUUAUUUGCUGCUUGUUGUGAAGCCAGCUCCCCCGCGGCGGGCCGGUAGGUAAGAAGUGCGGCCGCGGCAGCUCUGCGCAAAAAGCCCCGAGGAGCAGGAAAGAAAACAAGCUCUUACUUAAGUACACGCUCAGGCUGAUGCGCAGAGGUGCCAACUGUUUUCUCAUGGCUCUGGAGCUUAGCCGCACUGUGAUCUAAACGGGACCUUUACAACGCCGCUUUUAACUUGGAGGGGGAGGGAAAAAAUCCAGUCUCGGGCAUAGCUUUGCUAACUGCUAGCCUGCAAUGCAGAUUAGGAACGUUUUUAUAGCUCUGAUCGGAUUUUUCUCCCUUAGCUAGGAAUUAGCAUGACGCAACAACUACCUAGUAUUUUUAUUAUUUUUUUUACAUAUAUUUAAAUUUUUUAAAGCAACACUAUGUAACUUUUCAGUUUUAAUCAAUUUUAGAGACGCCGGUGGACAAAAGCGGUAGUGUUUAGUCUUAAAUGGUACCACGGAUAGAAAGACAUGUAGUUCUUAAAAGAUAAAUGUUAGUAUGAGUUACACUAAUUUGACAUUAAAACCCUUCUUAAUGUUUUCGUUUUAAUAAAAUUUGUAAAAUUAUUUUAACUAGUAGGUCGCCAUUGUGGUUGACGUCGCAAGGCGAUGACUCACAUGGGUACGCUGCCGUGCUUCCAAAGUGUCACUCUUUAAUAGGGUUGGUUACCGAGCAUUGAUGGGAACCCGUUCUAUAACUCAGAUGCUCCCGGAAUCGUUCAAAUUUUUAAAUUUCGAUUCCAUGUUUCGAUCCCCUGACCGCUGAGCGGAAAAAAAAUGCUCAAGUUCAAAGACUGAUAUUUAUAUAAAAGUUAAAAUUAGCCCUGUGAGAAGUUCAUAUAAUUUAAAAAAAAUCAUCGAGAAGACUUUAAUAUAAACUAGGGCUGCAGCUAUCGAUUAUUUUAGUAGUCGAUUAAUCGAUGAACUAGUUAGUUCGAAUAAUCGAGUAAUCGGAUAAGGAACAUGAAAAAUUAAAUUACCUGAGCUGAGCCUCAAACAGUAUGAAAAAAAUACAUCGAUGACAAUGUAAGUCCAACAAAAGAACAAUUGGCUAACUUAAAUAGCAAAAGUCUGCCAGCUUAAAUGCUAUAAAAUGCUAAUGUUUUUUUUUUUUUUUUUACAAUGCUCCUAACCAUUGGUUUAGACACAUACUCCAACAAAAAAAACGGCUAAAUAUACCUAUAAACUAAAUUAUGAAUACAUUAAAAAACAUUAGCUCAAACAAAAACUUAGCUUAGGUUGGUCUUGACAGGGAGCAGUUGGAUUCAGACAUGUGAAAUGAUGCAGACCAGAGAGCAGUGUGUCCACCCUAAUCAAUAAAACUAAAUGCAAACACUUUCAAAAUAAACCAUUACAACACCACUUUAAUUAAAUGAAUAUUCGGAGCGGCAAAAUUUAAUUCGAAUAUUUUUUUUCCCGAAUACUUGAGUUAACCGAUUAAUCGUUGCAGCACUAAUAUAAACCAUGCAAUUUUUUUCUUACUUUUUUUUUGUUUUUUUGUUUUUUUUGUUUUUUGACUGUCUCUUAAAAGAAUUGCAAUCGAGAAUCGUUCAGAACCAGAAUUGAAACGUGGAAUCGUAAUCGGAACCAGAAUCGUUCAAUUUUAAAUGAUGCCCAACCUUACUCUUUAACUACAGAAACAUGUCAUCGGUUCUGCCCUUCGAAUUUGAACCCGAUUGGAAUAUUAAUGAGAAGGACAGCAGAGGCAAAAUGAACAGGAAAGACGGGAUGAGACGAGUAGCGUUCAUAUGUCAAGUUCGCUAUUGACAGGACUCUCCUGCUCGAGUGACGAGAGCAGGAGAGUGUUUGACGUGAAAAACUGUUUGCCGAUCUUCACGAUAAACUAUUGUGUGAUCCAACUUAUUCCAAUAUUAUUAUGGAGAUAGUUAGCAUCCAGAGCUGUCGUGUGCUUUACAUGUGAUUAGGGUAUUGUUGGAGGCGCGUGUUCGUUUUCAAUUCAGGUGAGACGGCUAGACUGGAUUGCAGAACAAAGACUGGAGGCAAGAGAUCAUUAAUGCGGAGUUUUAAUUUCAGAAAUUUCUGGGUGCAUUCAAUGACAGAACAAAAGCUGUGUAGAGGAAUGCACGGCGAACAGAGAGCUCGGCGUUGCUUAUAUGCUGUACUUAAAAGGAGGUGUGUCUGUUUGGUGAGUAACUCAUCGUGCAAAAUAGGUCAUGAGCCUUACUGGUUGGCAGUUAAAAGUCCAUGAUUAUCUGCGGCAAAACUGUCAGCGAUUUUCUGUGAAAACCAACUCCAUUUAUGGACAUGAUUGCAUUAGGCGAGAUGUGUACUGACUUCAGUUUAAAGUGAAACACAGCAGUUUUGUUAAAUUUUGCAGAUAUCCCAUACAUCACAGCACACGAAAACGUUGAUGGCGUCUACUGACUUCUUACCUUAUUUUUGUCACGUAAAAGCGUUGACCAGAUGGAUCGUCAUCCAGCCGGUGUUCUCAGAUUUAUCAGAUGUUGCUCCCGAAGCUUGCUUCUCGGUGAAUAAGCGACACGGAAAACCAAAAAUGUAUUAAACUUAGUUUGAUUGCUGACUAUUCGUAUAAUUUUCUGGCCAACAGAUUAUAAUGAUGACUUAUUUUGCACAUUGAGAUCUAAGAGGCAGAGAAAGAGUUCAGAUUCGUAGCUUAGACCGCGACGUUUAUUGGCAUAAUCUUGAGCAACUCCUUUACAACAAACAUAAGUAUCGUAUCGUGAAAAUACAACAAAAAUUAAUGUUCAUAUUUUUCAAAAAAUAAUGUUCACAAAAAGUGCUUUAAUCUGUAUUUAUUAGCCCAUAUUCUCACACAGUUAAACAACAAUGCAAAGAGAACUGACAUUCACAAAGUCACAAUCAAAAUAGAUAUGCAAAAUACACAUUAAACUUACUCAGACUUUGGUCAAACUCUAUUUGAACAUUUUAGCAACUCGUUUAGCUCAACAAAUACACUGGAUGGCAAUAUUUAGUCAAUUUAUAUAAACUAUGAUGCUGGGAGCCAUUAUUAGGUGUCUUACCGUCACAACAUACAAUUGAACAUAAGGCACAAUGGACCCGUACUGGGGAAUAAAAAGAAAAUUACGACGUCAGUCCAGGGACAAAACACACUCAUUGGCUUGAUUUCUAAUUAAUUUAAAACUCGCCAUUGACACCUUGUGGCGUAUUUAAAUCACUACCUUACAUAGUUAAAGAGUGACACUGUGGAAGUAGGUUCAGCGUGGCCAUGUGACAUCACCGCCCUGCGACGUAAACAACAAUGGCGAGCUACUAGUUAUUUUGGUUUAAAUUUUACACAUAUUAUUAAAACGAAAACAUUAAGACAGGUUUUAAUUAAUUAUUAAAACUAGAGUUGUUCUGAUCAUGUUUUUUUGCUCCCGAUCCGAUCCCGAUCGUUUUAGUUUGAGUAUCUGCCUAUCCCAAUAUUUCCCGAUCCGAUUGCUUUUUUUUGCUCCCGAUUCAAUUCCAAUCAUUCCCGAUAAUUUUUCCCGAUCAUAUACAUUUUGGCAAUGCACUAAGAAAAAAAUGAAUAAAACUCAGACGAAUAUAUACAUUCAACAUACGGUACAUAAGUACUGCAUUUGUUUAUUAUGACAAUAAAUCCUCAAGAUGGCAUUUACAUUAUUAACAUUCUUUCUGUGAGAGGGAUCCACAGAUAGAAAGACUUGUAAUCCUUAAAGGAUAAAUGUGACUUUGUAUAUUGUGACUAAAUAUUGCCAUCUAGUGUAUUUGUGGAGCUUUCAAUAGAUGAUACUGUAGCCAUUCAACUUCUACCCAAAUGCAUGAUGGGAAGUGCAACCAUGGCUGUGCGCCGUGGUACCAAUUGAUAUAUCUUCUCUGCGUUGGGAAAUAACAUAGGUUGUUAAGAAAAAGAUCACCUACUACCUUUAUUCCCCACAUUGUUUCCCACAAUUAUUCUAAUCGUUGGGAGAGGGAUUGUAAGGCUUUAGCCAUUUUAAAAAAAAGGCUCCAAAGGCUGCUAAAAUUCAUUCUACUCAUUUUACGCUGCCUUUUAGCUCUAUAUACUGUAUGGGUAAAACGGCACCAUUAUAGAUUGAACGCGACAAUGCGUGAGUGGGUCGUGCAGCGCAUGCGUUAAUUGCGUUAAAUAUUGUAACGUGAUAAAUGUAAAAAAUAUUAAUUCUCGCCGUUAACGCGAUAAAUUUGAUAACCCUACCUUAAGCUUAAACUAAAGACUCUGGAAGAGUGUAAUACAUUAUGUCUGUAACGUUAAAUACAAUUAGAAAACGAUUUAAUUACAAAUAUAUGUAUAUUAGAAAAAAUGCAUGGCCGAUAUUUUUUGGCCGAUUCCGAUACUUUGAAAAUGACUUGAUCGGACCCGAUCGAUCGAGACAUCUCUAAUUAUAACUCAUACUAACAUUUAUCUUUUAAGAACUACAUGUCCUUCUAUUCGUGGUUUCUUUUAAGGCAGACUGCGUUUCCCAUGAGUAUCAGCGCACACCCGCACAGUGUUGUAAAAUCAGCAAUCAAUCAAAAAUCAAUCUCCUGGUCGCCUGCGGAUGGAUUAAACAACAUUUCUGAUUCCAGCGGCUGUGUGAAGGAUGAAUAGUAAUAAGGUAAUGAAUUCAGUUGUGGCUAAACAAUAGCAUAUGACUGUUAGCAGCCGUGUUGCUUAGUGUGGCUUUUUACAGCACAAACUAGCACAAACUAACACCACCAUUGCGGUUCCCUUCCACCGCAAAAAGGGGGCGCUGCGUGACGUCAUCACUACAGAUUUAAAGCAGAAUAUCUACAGAACCAUUGCAACACAAACCAGGAUAAACAAUGACACCAUUUUUAGCUGGUUUAGAUAAAAACUUAAGGGCUGGUUGACCUCAGAUUAACCUAUCAAAGAAUUAAAUAUCUCAGAAACAAUAGCAGCACAAACAUUUUUAUAUAAAAAAAAUCUGAUGGUAGGCUAACUUCACAGAGGUCUCGAAAAGUACCUUUUAUGGCCUAUUAUGUCACCAUUACCGUGAUAUUUUUCGCCUGUUCGAACUCCAUUUUGCAUUUCUCAGUUUUUAGAAUCUUCCAUUUUGACGUUUUUGCGGGGAUAGAAACAGUUGUUGUGGACAGCCAAUCAAGAUUCUACAGCAAAAAUGUUCUCAAAACAUUUCAGUUUUGUGAACGACUUAGUUCAUCAACAGCAACGAGUUCAAAUGUAAUUGUUGUAACACGAUUGUGCUUUAAGUGUUAUAAGUGCACCUUGUGGGUGAAACCAUUAUUUUCAAUGGAAAAUGAGUCACUUUUAUGUUUUGUUUUUGUAAUACUGCACCGAAUGUAACUGCAGAGUCUUAUUUCAUAAAUUUCUACUUC